AAUCAGGACGAGUUCUUUUGUUUCAAUGCCUAUAUAUAGACCUGUUUGCCAUGCAGGAUUUCCCACCCCUCUCCCAAGUAGUAGCAUACAUUUCGUACUUACACAUCAAUUAUGAUGAAACGACUUCAACUUUUCGUUGCAGCUUUUGCCAUCUUGGCCUCCAGUUCCUUAUUAGCCUCAGCUUCUGAUCCCAGCCCCCUGCAAGAUUUCUGUGUAGCCAUCAAUGACACCAAGAAUGGUGUGUUUGUAAAUGGAAAGUUCUGCAAGGACCCAAAGCUUGCCAAUGCAGAAGACUUCUUCUACUCAGGGCUUAAUAUCCCUAGAAACACCUCAAAUCCGGUUGGAUCAACUGUGACUCCUGUCAAUGUGGCACAAAUACCGGGACUUAACACUCUCGGCAUAUCUCUAGUUCGAAUUGACUAUGCUCCAUAUGGUGGCCUAAACCCUCCUCACACGCACCCUCGUGCAACGGAGAUCCUUGUGGUUUUGGAAGGCACACUUUAUGUCGGUUUCGUUACAUCCAACACAGAUAACCGCCUAAUCACCAAAGUCCUAAACCCUGGUGAUGUGUUUGUUUUCCCUGUCGGUCUCAUCCACUUCCAAUUCAAUAUCGGGAAUACCAAAGCAGUUGCAUUUGCUGGUCUCAGCAGCCAAAAUCCCGGAGUUAUCACGAUUGCAAAUGCAGUAUUUGGCUCUAACCCUCCCAUUAAUCCUGAUGUUCUCACUAAGGCCUUCCAGUUGGACAAGAAUAUUGUUACCUAUCUCCAAUCCAAAUUUUGGUGGGACAACAAUUAGUUCAUUUAAAUAUAUGGGAAUAAAAUUUCUUCAAUCAUAAGUUGUGAUUGUUUUGUUCUAAAUAAUGUGAGUUUUUAUUAAUAAUGUGCCUAAGCUGAUGCUUAUGGCAUGGUUUCUAGUUUGCUAGUGUACUUGCAAUGUUAAGAGCUAGUGACUUAUGUUUCCAUGUUAAGUUUUUUCUGUCUUACAUUUUGUAUCAAGAUUUACUUUCGAUAGUUGCUAUUUUUUUCGAUAAGGAUUAUUUUAAAUUGGUGUUACAA